AUGUCGGCCGUUGUAUACGGUGGUGCACUGCGUAGGCUCUACGUGGAUUAUAAAGAUAAAGCAGAAUUUAUCAUAGUUUACAUCAAAGAGGCUCAUACAACUGAAGGGUGGAAAAUGGGACCAAAAUUCAGUGAUUCUAAACAAACAACAACAUUGGAGGAAAGAAUUGACAGAGCAAGAAAACUGUUGGAAAUUGUUCCCAAUGCAGUAACUUCUGACCCUUAUGAUGCCAGCAAAAUUCGUGUUCUUGUUGAUGACAUGAACGACACAUUUGAUAAUGCGUUCUGGUCUUGGCCAGAUAGAGCUAUAGUAAUUCAAGAUGGUCGCCUUGUCUUCACUGGACGUAAUAUUGCUCAACAAUUGAGGUCACCCGAUAAACCGCUUACCCAUGAUCUUCGGGAAUGGAUGGACGCUCACUACAAAUAA